UAACGGUUAUUGUAACCAAAUCAAGGUAAAAGCAUCGCUAACAUUUUUGUGAUUACAUUUUUUGAUACAUAUUUAGGUAGCCAUAAUUUUUUAAAGUGAAAAUUAAAUUGUUUAACAAGGUUCUAUACUUUUAUACUUGUUUUGAUUGUGAAAAAAUUAUAUUUGCCAUGACGAAUCGAACAAGUGUUUCAGGCUCAAUAGAUCAAUUCAAAGGUUAUGAUUAUGUGCUCAAAUUUUUGCUUGUCGGAGAUCCAGAUGUUGGGAAAGAUGAAAUUAUAAACAGUUUGGACUCGGAUGUAUCUUCCUCUGAUUACGAACACCAUUUUUCUGCAUCUCCUGGUGUUGCAUUCAAAUCUACCCAAAUUUUGCUCGAUGGCAAAAGGAUUCGCCUUCAAUUAUGGGAUGCUUCUGGACAAGGACGAUUUCCAACAAUAAUGCGUUCAUAUUCGAGAGGUGCUCAAGGAAUCCUUUUAGUGUAUGAUAUAACCAAUAAAUGGUCAUUCUCUGGUCUUAAAAGGUGGCUUCGUGAGGUUGAAGAGCAUGCACCUGGAGUGCCCAAGAUUCUUAUUGGUAAUCGACUUCAUUUAGCUUAUCAACGGCAAGUUAACGAACACUCAGCUGAAACUUACGCUCAACGUUACAACAUGUCAUUCUUUGAAGUUAGCCCUUUAUGUAAUUAUAAUAUUAGAGAAUCAUUUGCAGAACUUUCUCGCAUGGUUCUUCUUCGCAAUGGAAUGGAAAAUGUCUGGAGGCAUAAUUCAGUUCUUUCCUUAACAGAGCUUUGCUGUAGAUCUAUCGUUUCAUGUACCACUGUUUACGGAGUUGAACAGUUACCUUUGCCUCCAAAAUUGAAAUUUUACAUCAACUCGUAUUCAUCAUUGACAAGCUACACCAUGAAAUCUGCCAGAUCACCUCAUUCACCUUCUCACAAAUAUAAAGACCUUAACAGUACGCUUCGUCGGAAAGCAAAAGCCCUUUUCUCAUGUGACACAAAUAAAUCUCCUUCAUCAAAUAGACUUCAUUUACAGAACCACCAUUACAACCCUCAUAUUCAUCACCCAUUUCGCUCUUACAGUUCAGCCAACGUUGAUUAUCAUCAGAAAAAUUGUGUGAUUUCCUAGUCCACUAAUAAACAACAAAAAUUUGUUAAUUUCUAAAUCA